AUAUAUAAUCAAUCAAUAAUUCUGGACGUAAAGCUCGACUACGAUCCCUUGUAAUGGAGGGCGGGGAUUCGUUACAGUGGCGAAGAAGGGUGUCCGCAGAAUGGAAGCCGCCAUCGAGGAGGGAGAGAGUCAGACAGAUAGGGAGAUGGAGGAUGCCGCGGCUGCACCGCUAGUGCUGCUGGUCAGGGGGCGGUCGGCCGGUUAUGAGGCGAGCAGUGGACAGUCGGAGUUGACGAUAACCAAGGAAUAGAAGGUCAUCUUCACUUUCCGCUACAGGUUUGCUCGGAGAGGGAUAAUGUGCGACCCAGGCAGAAACGAGAGCCUGCUUCAUCGAACACCUCUAAGCACUGCUGGAAAUAAAGAGGAGGAGGAGGAGGACAACUGCGCACCUCCAGGACGCCAUCAGAGACCGUUUUCGUCUCAGAUCUGUGGUCUGAGAUGUCAGAGACAGCCGUCAACUCCACUGGCUGCCGACAAUGAGCAGGUAGAAAGGCUGAGCCGUCGCCUAGACCGAGGUUGAGGUCAGCCAAUAUUGCCAUUUGGACCAUGACUGAGGUAAUGCUCAGCAACACUAGGAUUGAGGCGACUGAGCCCAGUCGAUUCGUGAAUAUUAAGGUAGGAUCCGGGGGACGCUGGUGAGACCCCCGACCGACAAGACCGGUACCCAGCGAGACCCGCGACUGUGACAGUGGCUUCACUAUACUGAGCAAAGAUCGACCACGUGAAAGAGUGCCUAGACCCUCAACUGGAUCGGAGGUCAACCGGCACGUUUUAGGGUUUCUGGCCUAAGAGACAAGGAGGAGAGAGGCAGGGAGCAAUCCAACGCAUCAGAAUCCAGUCAAUAAUGGACGGCGGCGGCCUGGCCGAGGCGGAGUACUCGAAGGCGAAGACGUCGGUGUGGUGGGAUAUCGAGAACUGUCAGGUCCGCAGAGGGUGCGAUGCUCACGCGAUUGCCCAGAACAUAAGCUCCGCCCUCGUCAAGCUCAAUUACAAAGGCCCGGUAUCCAUUUCUGCCUAUGGAGACACCAACAGUAUUCCUUCCCCUGUCCAGCAAGCUCUCUCUAGUACUGGAAUCGCCCUUAAUCACGUCCCUGCAGGUGUUAAAGAUGCAAGCGACAAGAAGAUUCUGGUGGACAUGUUAUUGUGGGCCGUGGACAAUCCGGCACCUGCUAACUAUUUGUUGAUUUCCGGAGACCGGGACUUCUCCAAUGCACUUCAUCAGUUGCGCAUGAGACGAUAUAACAUCCUUCUAGCACAGCCACAGAAAGCAUCUGCACCGUUAAUCGCAGCCGCAAAGAGCGUAUGGCUCUGGACCAGUCUCUCGGCUGGGGGAUCCCCCCUGUCGAGUUCUGAAUUGCAGCACCUCGGUGACACCAGUCAUAUUUCUAGCUCUGAGACAUUACAGGUUCCUGUUUUUAGUGUUUCCCAAACACAUCGCUCGGGGGAUUUCGCCGCUGAAAACCCCAAUUUUCAUUCGGGAAAUCAAAACUUCAAUCCUGGGAGGGGCAUUGACCCUAGCAUGCCGAGUCCUCCUGCCGUUAGACCCAUGGGCCCACCUCCACCAUUUGGGAUUCGUGGAGGUCAAAACAGUUUGAACUCAUGUCAACAAGGUCCAUAUAUUGCCGUUGUUCCCUCUGGUGGACCACCUAAUGCUGCUAAUUUUGAUCCUUUUUGGAACAACGGUAACAUUCAAGGCAACUAUCAGACUCAUCAUGCACAGCCAGUAUGGCCCAAUAACUUUUCUGCGCAACCUCCGAUUAAUCAGGGGAACAUGUGUCCACUGAACAGUCACUUCGGUGCCUCUCCUCUAGUGCCACCUAGGCCCGAUGGAGCCAACUUUUCUCGAGGACCCCCUGACAUUAGCAUGUUGAACGUCGGUGCUCAUGCUAGCAGAGUUCAAAGGCCUCCCAACUUCGAGCAGCAAAGUUCAAACCCAAAGCAGACAUCUGCUAGUGAAUCCACAAAGGGCAAGAACAAAGGUAAAGGUGUAAAAGAUGGAAGUAAGAACCACAACAUACCGCAGAGGAAACAUGAUGGAUCAAGCAAAAAGAACCAUAUUAGUACAGAUCCACCUCCUACUUCCUCUGGGAUUGGUACUUCCGAUGUUCCUCCUAAUGGCAUUUCGGGUACCCCAGGACACCUGAAACCUUCUGAGCAUGUCCAAGGUCUUAUUGGAGUUAUCUUACUUGCCUUGAACACCCUAAAGAAUGAGAAAGUUAUGCCAACUAAAGAGAAUAUAGUUGGUUGUGUUCGGUGUGGAGAUUCUAAACAUCGGAAUACUGAUGUAAGAAAGGCCCUAUAUAGUGCCAUCCAGCAGGAAAUGAUAGUGAAGCAUUACUUGGGUAGUUCCGUGCAGUUGUACGUCCAUAAAAAUGAGAAAUUGUGGACGUAUCUGAACCCUCUUGGAGGUAAGCCAAAGAAUUAUUCCAAGGAAACAUGGGUGAAGAUACAAAAGUUCUUAGCAUCCUCUGAAGGACAAUCUGCAAUGCUGUCUUCUCAGUCCAGGUAUGAAGCAGGUCUGGUUAUGAAGCAAAUAUGCUUGAAAGAUCAUCUUCUGGGUGAUAUACUCCGGAUUCUAAACCUGUUAAUAACCGCGAAGAAAUGGAUAGCACCUGAUCCAUCAGGAUGGCAACCAAUGAAAAUUACUCUCCCGGAUACAAGGAACACUUGUUCAGCAGUACAAAAUGAUGAUGACGGCUCUCCAUGGGAAUAGGGCAAGCUCUGAGGACAUUGGCAGUAUGAAGGGGUUGAUCGGUGAUAGGUCCCUUGCCAAUUCAACAAAAUUUCCUUAGGAGUUGCCCCUGUAAAUUUAUGCUGCAUAAUUUUCUACUAACCAAAUGCGACCUCUGCCAUCAUCUCAGAAGGUUCUCCUUGCAAUGAGGUAUUGCAUGCAGGGAGAGUCAGUAGUCAAAUCAAUGUAAUAGAAUAGGUUUGCAGGUACCUUGACAGGUUGUUUCUUAUCGCCGGUGGGUGAUUUUGUGGGAGAUUUCACCAUUAUCAUGUUAUGUCCAAAGGCCAUGGAUGAUAGCACAUGCUGGACUGUCUUGGGAGUCGCUUGCUGGAGUGAAAGCAUUGGUUGGUUGAUUGUAAGAGUUGAGAAUGAUUCUUCCGAAGCUGUCCCAUUUACCCAGCAUCAGAUCUGCUCUCUUAGCUGCGAGGCUCACUGAUUGUAGCUAGGUGGUCAAUACCGUCCAAAAAGGGCCAUCCAAUGCAGAAAUGAAGAGAGAACGCGGAUACUGUUGUCAUGUCACGGUUCUCCGGUGAUUAUCGAGAUCAAAGAUAGCUGCGAAUCCAAAUCACUGUUGGUCUAUUUCCAUUACCUAGUUCUACAAACAAACUGCACUGGAAAAGUGACCGAUGAAAGGGAGCAUCAGGCAUUUGGUAUCAAGCAGAAGUUCUGAGGUUUUUGUUGCUUGUUAUUUGAAUGCUGUGCGGAGGCUUACACUAUCGUUGUGAAGGCUGUUCUGUUGUGAUAUUUGUAAAUUUUCCGGUGAUGGCUGUUCUGUUGUGAUAUUUGUAAAUUUUCUGGGCUGAGUUAUGGCUAUGGAUGUUGAAUCAGUAGACAACUUUCGUUAGUGAUGUACUAGCAAUAAUCAGUGUGUCGUGCUUCGUUGCUACUGGACAUUUUAUUUUAUUA